ACCUGCUCGUCUGCUUCAAGGAUAAAUUAAACAUCGGUCCUUCGACACUUUAUUCCGAGUUCAGUUGCUGUUGAACAAUGAUCCUGAAACUGCUGACUCUUGCCCUCACGAUCUUUCCAAAAGGGAAGGUUGUGUUCGGUCAGGAUUCCUGCGAGGAUGGAUGUCCAACAUUCCGUCUCUCGGGUUUCAUGGUGUCCUUGGGAAGCGAGUCACACACAAUCAGGUCGCGGCCGAAUGAUGGCGAAGUGACAGUCAGAGGACCAGGUUUAGUGUGGUCUGGAGAGAAACUGAGAGGUUCUCCCGGCCACUGGCAUGACAUCAGUGCCACAUCCGGUCCUCCGUUUUGUGUGGCCGCCACUGCACUGAGCAAAAGCAAAAGUUGUGGACCUGAGCAAUACCUGGAAGUGAGAACAGACUCUCCAAGUUCUUGGAUACUGGACUGUGGCCAUACUUCCUGCGGCUGCAAUAUCCAGCGAAUGAUAUUCGUGCGCAUACCCGUGGACGAAGCUGUGACGGUAUAUUGGUGGCCGGGCGAUACUUCGGGAGCGCGAAUCAUCGGGCCCGGCAUGUGGAAUAUCCUCGGGGUGAACGAGGGAGCGAGGCACCAGUGGCACGAUAUACGAGUUCAGCCGCCGCUGGGAGGUAAGAAGUGUGGUCUUGUAAGCAACAGCCUUGGAAAGAAUUAUGCGUGCACUCAGGCGUCUGACGACAAAUCUUCCAUAUACAUUCAGAGCAGCAAUGCAUCAGGCUGGGCUCCGAGCUACUGGGCAUUCGGCUGCGAAAAAGCUCCAACAGAGCCACCGAAAGUUACUGUCUAUACAAUACCAAACGACCCAGUAAUACCAGAGCCAGAAACAUCAACCCCGGAAACAAUAAGACCACCACCCACAGGCCCCGAGCAGAUAACAGGCGCCCCAGAUUGCGCUACAGAUGGUACACCAAGAGGACAUUGCGUGUUAUACGAAUACUGCUCAAAGUUAGACACAGCUUUGUCUGUAAUGAUUUUCCAUAAUUUUGUAGAAAGAUACGGAUGCGGAAAGGUCAAAGACGGCAAAACAGGAAUCUGCUUUACAGAAUGCUCAGGAUUUCGUGCCUCGGGCUUUAUGGUGGCCCUGGGAGAUUCUCCACACACACUUAAGUGGCGAUCUGAAGACAACGCUUCGUUGACACUCAGAGGCCCGGGACUGCCGUGGGUCGGGGAGAAGCUGAACGCGCCCUCGGUCGCCUGGCACGAAAUCGUCACAACAGGCGGUCGACCAAGGAACUGUGUCGUUGCUCCAGCACUCCGAGCCGACAGGAGCUGUGGUCCUGAGCAAUACCUCGAAGUGAAGACAGAGACUCCAGCUUCCUGGGAAUUGAACUGUGACAAUUCCUCGUGUGGCUGUUACACACAACGACUGAUCUCGCUGCGCUUGCCCCUGGGAGAAACCAACAGCUUGUCCUGGUGGCCUGGCACAGCCACGGGCCUUCGAAUAGUUGCACCUGGACUUUCGAAGAUACUUCAGCUGGAUGAAGCGGCUAGGCACCGUUGGCAUGAUCUUACUAUCCAGCCUGAACAUAAUGGCACUUCGUGCAGUUUUGCCAGCAUCAGUCUUGGAAAGACCCUCGCCUGCAACCUUGAGGUUACAUCUUUAUCAACCAUUUAUAUUCAGGGUAGCAAUGCCAAAGGCUGGACGCCAAGCUACUGGUCAUUCGGCUGCACGGACGUUCCACAGGUAUGCUUGGAAACGACGAAGGAUCACAAUUCACCCACCUACCUGGCUUCAACGACGAAACACAGAACACAGAAAAUUCAGUGGUAACAAAAAGUUAUCAGUAAGUUAUCUUUCAAUGCGAAA